GAACAACAAGAUCUGAACCCCCUGCUGUCUGACAUUUUACCAACAGAGAGGAACGCAAAAUCCAUCACUCCAAAGCAAGCAAUUAAUGGAUCUGAUCCCUGAGUCUUCCUAGGGAUUCAACAUGAAGAAAGUGGCUGGGCAUCUUGUGUUGAAAAGAACUGAUAAAUGCGUGCCUUCCUUUACUCCACCUGUGUCUCCAGGAAGGGAGGUGGAGAGGGACAGAGAGUGAUGCAAGCGUGAACAGAUUGGUGAGGUCUAUAGCUCUCUCUUGUUUUGUAGGAAGAAAGGGGGUGAGUGUGGAAAGAGUGAGUGGGAGACCAGUCACCGCACUGGAGUGGGACCCUGGCCACUGUGUCGCUGCGCUGUGUGUGCUGCUCCAAAGAAUGACACAGGUGCAUUGUGUGCUCCUGGCUAUCGGCUGUCAUGGCCUAUCAUUGUGGAAACAGGAGUGCCAAGUAGAGUGUAAUCAGGGUUAAUGCACUAUAAACUAAAGUGUUAAACCAUGGAAAAGUAUAAUUAAUACUUGGCAAAGCCAUGGUUAGUGUCAUUGACUUACAGUGCCAAUUAACCAUAACAGAUCUAAUAUUUUGAGCUCUCAUUUGAUUCAAGGUGCAGUAGCUAUAGAACCUAUCCAGACGUGGACAGUGGAGUUACACUCUUCCAGUUAAAUAAAUAAGACUAAGACAGCAAGAGUACAAGAGAAAGCUGGAAAAACCCCAUAGCUCCCAUCUAAGAAUAGAAAUUGAUUGGAAAAGUUCAACACUCAUCAGAUGCCAGCUAUGGGGCUAAUGCAGCUAGGACUGGGCCUGCCGUCACAGACAGAGGUCGGUACAUCUCCAGCUUAGGGACAUUUGUUUAUUAAAGAUGGGAGGCUGUUAAUUGAAAUGGAUUUCCUGCCUGUGGCGACUGGUGUAGGAGUCAAUAUUCUGAUUGAAAUGAGCCCCCCUCCCCCCAGGUCCCAAUCCCAAAGGUCACAGACAUGGAAAAUACUCUCAACAAUAUUGAACACUGGAGGAGGGGGAAGGCAAGCUGAAGAAGUAAGAGGGUUCAGGGAGUUGGGGAGACAGAGAAAGAGAGGGGAUACAGAGGAUGGGGGGUGUGAAGCACAGGGAGAAGGAGAAAAGGGAACAGUAAGAGAUAACCCAUCCCUGCCUCUGGGAAAGAGCAAUAGGCAGGGAAAUUGCAAAAUGUAGGCUAAGUUUACAUGCACAAAGAGAACAGAGUUUACAGUCCAGCCAGUUUAUAUAAUACUAUUAGUGCCCCAUUUGAGUGUCCAGCAGUAAACACUACUGCAUCAUAGUUGCUGGGAAGUGGAUUUGACUUAAAAGUGUUUAAAGUUGUUCAAAUGUAGCUAAAUAUACUAUACUGCUUGUGGGUUUGUAUCAUGACAAUAACUAGGCCACCGUAAUGUGUUCUGAGCAAAUUGCCCAAACAUUCUUUGCCAAAAAAGAAUGGCUGUGAACAGGUGUCAUCUAGCAGGAACUCUGGAUAACACAUAUAGUAUUGACCCUGGUCAUGCAGGUCUCCAGUUAGAGACGAAAGGGAAAAGAAACACUUUGUGCCCUCUUCUAACUAAUGGGCCAAUGAUUGCAGUGUUUGAAAUUGUAGAACGGGACCUUUGAUUACAGAAAUAAGAAGAGAAGAGAAGAAAAGGGAAACAGGUCACUGAAUUUAUAGAGGGGUGUGUACAUGGGGUGAGAGUGAUGCAAUUUCAACCAUUUUAAGCAAACAACAGAAAGUACAUCAACUCUACAGUACUGAAACAACCUUCACUGAAAACCCUCAUUCAGUAUAGCCACCACAGAGUCAUUAUGUACACCAUCUGUCCAUCCUUGUUUAACCUCCAGCUCUUUCAGUACUUGAAAGCUGGUCCACUCUGGUCCAUAUUUACACAGCUGCUGUAUCACCAUAGCAAGUACCUCCCAUCGAAUAAACAUCGGAAAAAUCAAAUGCACAAAGAGGAAGAGAGCUGGAGAGACAGGAGACAAGCAGAACACUGGGGUAACACCCCAACUCUUUUUGAGAGACACCCUUCGAAUGUUUAUGACCACAGACAUGCAGGGCCUCGGUUUUACAUCUCAUCUGAAGGACGGCAUGUUUUUUACAGUAUUGUAUCCCAAUCACAAAGACAGAGAGAGAGAACAUGGGGAGUGAGAUGAUGAACUGGGGCAAAACGAAUUUCAUGUAGCUGACCUGGAGUGCGGAGCCUACUUAGUGGUCCUCACCUACCUCACCUAGAUUCACUAAACAGUGCAGUGGCAUCUGUCAUUGUAAUGCAACGUCCAAACAUACAUCCUUUGGUCUAAUAGAAGUCAAGUCAGGCACUCAGACUAGGGUGAUGUCCUUAGUGGAGUGCCACUCUUCCUAAUUAUAGUACACUUAAUCAGGCUCGUUAACAAUACAAAAUAGGAAAAAUGCUACAGAAACUGAAAAAGAAAUUCAAAAAGAUUUAGACACAAUUAGAGAAUGGGCAAGCAGCUGGCUAAUGACAUUUAAUGUAGACACCUGCAGAGUAUUCCAUUCAGGUAGCAAGAACAUAAUGUAUAGAUUUAAUAAGAAGAACCUGCCUAUGAAAAAGAAUUAGGCACAUACUGUAUGCUGACACAUCCUUUAUAUUUUCUAGACACAGUGGGGAAUCACUUAAAAGGCAAACAAAAAUGUUAGGAAUUAUAUAAGGAUGCUUUGUUAAAAAUGCACAAAUAAGACCUAAUUUAAGACCUCAUUAUUUACUAAAUACAGUAUACUAUUUUGGUCAGCAUGUUACAAAAAUGAUAUUGCUGUUCAGGAAUCAAUAUAUAGAAGAGCAACCAGAUACAUAGUGGGGUUAAAGACUACGGGAUAAAAUAAUUUAGUUUUGAACCUGAAACAACUACUGUACAAAGGCAGCUGGUUCAAGUACUGAGCACCCAAAAUGACAGAGUCACCUUAAUGGUCUUCGGAAUCCACAGCGAAACUGAGCUGAAAACGACUGAAGACAGGAGGGUGGGUGAAACACGGCUGGGCGAAAUCUUCAGAUUCAUUGGUGAUCGUCAGCCAGACAAACUAGACGGGGCCAAACAAUCUCAGCUUGUUUGUGACCUUUCUUAUGUUGGGAAUAAACAUAGGGUUUCUGAACACUGUUGUUUGUUUUCUGAAGAGCUAAACUCUCAACCUGGAAAGAGGUUGAAGGGAACCAGAAAGCUGGGGAAAAUGUGUGAUUUGCGCUCCCUUGCUGUCAAGGGGGAGUGCGGUGGCUCGCCUGUGACUGCGCGGUUUUCCGAUAAGAUCGGAAUCGCAAUGGAAACAAUCGUCUCUGACACACAGAGAGCGGACCGCAAGCAAAAGGCCAGCACCUCUUUUGUUCUCAUUUCCUUCCUGCAGAACCUGCAGCUGCUUUAUUUCACAAUAAGAUACUGUAUAUGGGGGGGAGGGCCUAAGAGAGAGUGAGAAAGCAAAGGAGGAGAGUAAUACAAUCGGAGAGACACAUAAAGACAGAAAACACUGCACUGAGACAGACGAACAGCAAUGCUUUGAUGUAGACACACAGAGAGCAUGAUGCACCACCAGUCUGAACUAUAAAUUAAUCUUUGAUCAGAGGAAUCAGGAUGGUAAAUUGGAGCAAUGGAAGUCACUGAAAGUAGCUCAAGGUUGAAAAUGUGCAGACAGACAUGCAAACGCAGACCGCAGAGAGUGAAGGACAGCAGCAGAGACUGAGGGAAAGAGACACAGAGGCAGAGGGAGUGAAGAGGCAUUGAGCGGGGCUGAUAGUGCAAAGAUAGGCUAGAGAGAGAGUGGGGAGUGAGAGAAAGUGAGAAAGAGAGACCGUGAGAGGGAAGGAGGCAGAGCAUGAGUGGGAGGGGCAAAGAGAAAGCGAGACUGAAACAUUCUUGUGAAACAACCUGUCUAGCGCAGAGCCAUCCUGGCAGGGGAAAGAUGCAGACACAGUUGGCCUGUCUCCUGCUCAUCCUGGCCUGCCUGCAGACAGGAACAUCCAACACUCGAAUCACGAUGUGGCAGGAGAGGGGUUCUGGGGUUGACCUGACGGUGACCUGCGCCCUGUCUGGGGAUGAGAAGGUGUCCCAGGUUAACUGGGAGAGGGUACAAGGCGCCAAUCACAGCAAGUUGGCGGUGUACCACAUCGAUCUUGGCACUCACAUCCCCACUGAGCACCAAGCGAGCCUGGAGCUCUUCAGCCCCUCGUCCACACGCUCCGUGCUUGUCCUGAAGGGGGGGCGUCUGGAUGCCAACGACACCUACUGCUGCACCUUCAUCACCUUCCCCUCCGGCAGCCUGCAGCAGUGCCUGGACGUCACCACGCCCACAGUUGAGGCCCGCCUGGGGGAUGAAGAGAACGUGACGGGAGGGUGGCUGGUGCUGGCCGGCAUUGCCGCGGUCCCCUGCGUGGCGUUACUGAUGAUCACUGUCAUCGCCUACAGGAGAAGCUGUAACUCCAGGAGAAGAGUAUUCAAUGUCCAGCAGUCAAUCAGCAUAGAGGACUUAGAGGACUCAGAAGAGCCUCUUCACCUGCCACUGCAGAGCCAGCCCUCGAUCAACAGCCACAACUCCAAUUAUUACAUCAUGAUCAACGCCGACUACUACAACGGGAGGCCUGGGCAGGGGGAGCAGGAGGGGCACCUCUCGGCGGUGUCCCACCUGUUCAGCAGCCCCCACCCCUUUCACAAGACCUACUACCUUCUUGGGGAGGUGCAGCCAGAAAAGGGCAAGGCCAACCUCCAGAAGCAUGGUGCCACCUCACUGCCCAUGCCCACACCCAAGCGGGAGUUGCCUGGGGCUCCUGGGAGUUGCGUCAUACCAGAAACGGAAGGGCUGGGGCUUCAGGGCAAAGCAUGUUGAUGGGUCAGGGUGCUAGAUGAUGGAGUGGGACAAAGUGAAGCUGCUUUCUCCAGAAGGCACUUAAGUUCUUGAAGCACCGCCUCCUGCCUUUUAGCACAGCAGAGCUGGCUUCCCAGCACCUGGCUCUCCGAGAGUGGCAAGACUGUGGUGACCAUUGGGAGUGGUGUCAUGUACAGACUGGUGUUCUUUAAACAGUUGUGCUUCCUUGUGCACGUAACAGGACUUAGAGGUUUUUACAAGGGAUUUGGGAACUCAAAAGGAUGGAAGCAAAAUCCCUAGCCAAAGGUUUUUUGGAAAAACUGAGAGGGUUAGUGAUUGGGCAUGUAGAAUUUGGUAAUAACAAUUCUCCCUCCAUUGACCAAGCUACAUUGACCAAGACGCCCCUGUACACAGCUCUGGGACUGUAGCAAACUAUCGGAUUUCUGUGGCUGUUUUUAAAUGGAGUGGACCUGGUCUCAGUGGCUUUUUCCCCAGUACUCCCUGAUUUGAGUAUAAAAAGGCCUUCUUCCCAAGUCACACUUUGUAUGAGGAUGGAUCAUUAAGAAACAGCCUAUGAUAGAUAGUGUGCCUUUGUAUGGUAGUUUUAUAUUGACAAACACAGAUAUUGUAUAAAGCUGAAUUGCAUUAUUUUUUCAUGUAAACAUAGUGCAGUUAUGAAUCUUUCAUAUACUAAUAUAAUAGAUAAUAGUUUAUGUACAGUAGUAAUAAUAUUCUACUCUAAAACUGCUCUCUCCAUCUCUACCUGCCUCUACAUCUAUAACUCUAUUAUCUACAGUUUAUAUUGUUGUUUGUGUCUCUACAGUAUACAUCUUCUUCCAUCUGUAUAGGAACAGUUGCAAUGUUUGAGGUGUGAAGAUUUUGCAUUAUUCUAUGCAGCAAAAUUAAAAUGUCAAUGCAAUAUAAAUAACCAUAAAGGAAGGGGGAAGUACAGUUACGUCUCAGAUCAAGGACAAGAAAUUGCUAACUUGACAUGAAUGUAAUGCACACAACCCGAUAAAUAUCUGCAUCACCAUCACAGUCAUUUGUCUUCACCGUACUUGUUUUUAAAAGGUGCAGAUUGUCCCUGCAGCUAAAAAGGUUAACACUGCCUCUAAAUGGAAACUGUUUACUAAUGUACGGUAACGCUUUGAAUGAGGAAUUAAUACAUUUGGCAAUGAAUGAUGA